AUGCUCACACCAUACUUGAUGCACGGAAGAAAUGGAAACUGUUACUCAUUGUGGACUUUUUACUUUCUUUCACCUUCUCAGGUGGAAGCGAAGAAAGCUUUUCCAAGGGAUGAUCAACAUUUAAUAAAUAGAAACAUUAGUAGCAUUCAAAGAUCACCAGGUCCUGGACGCACAAAAAAGAUAUUUGUAGGAGGAUUAGCAUCAACUGUCACUGAGACUGACUUCAAAAGUUACUUUGAUCAGUACGGCACAAUAACAGAUGUCGUAGUAAUGUAUGACCACAACACCCAAAGGCCAAGAGGUUUUGGCUUCAUAACAUAUGAUUCGGAGGAUGCAGUCGAUAUGGUGUUGCACAAAACCUUUCAUGAGUUAAAUGGUAAGAUGGUUGAAGUAAAGCGGGCUGUUCCAAAAGAAUUGUCAACGGGGCCUAGCCGGAGUUCUCUUGUUGGGUACAGCUAUGGCUUUAAUAGAGCCAACAACUUGCUCAGUAGCUAUGCUCAGGGAUACAAUUUGAACUCACUUGGAGGCUAUGGGGUCAGGAUGGACGGUAGGUACAGUCCAUUAGCUAGUUCUCUUGGUGGAUACUCUCAUUUUGGUUCUCCUUCUUACAGGAUGGGUGUGAAUGUGGAGCAAGGGUUGAACCAUGGCUAUGGAGGGGGUUCAAACUUCAGUAAUAAUCUUGGUUAUGGAAGGGUUCUGAACCCCUAUUUUGGCGGUAAUCCAAAUAAGUAUAAUACUCCUAUUGGUUACAACACUAAUACUAGCAGAGGUGAUUCCUUUAUAAGUUCACCAUCUAGAAAUGUGUGGGGAAAUGGUGGCUUGAAUACUUCUCCAACUAAUGCUAGCUCCGAUUCAUACUUUGGUUCUGGAAGUGGUGGACUUGGAGUUUUUGGAAAUGAUGGAUCGAACUGGGGAACUUCUCCUAUUUCUACCUCACUUGGAGGGAGUUCUUCUGGCUACAGGGGUGGGGAAAACUAUGCACUGGGAAUGAGAGGAUUUGGACAAAACAGUGGAACUGGUGUAAUCACAACAUCUUCAUUUGCAACAUCGAGUGGUGGUUAUGAUGGAUCUUAUGGGGAUUUUUAUCGCAGUGGCUCGGUUUAUGGUGAUCCAAUCUGGCAAACUGCAUCUUCUGACCUAGAUAAUUCUGGCUCAUUUGGUUAUGGUCUUGGAGAUCCUGAAGACGUCACUGCUAAAGCUUCCGAGGAUUAUGGCACAGGCUAUAGUAUUGCAAAUAGACAACCCAAAAGAGGAAUUGCUGCAUAGGAAACGUAUGUAUCAGAUAUCUGAAGAUAAUCAUAGCAGAAGAGAAUUCAGAAAUUUGGAUUGUGAAAUUCUUACAUAUCCCUCGUAAAGAAGUAUCUUAACUCAUAAUGAUAUCAUUAUAUGGAGCUAACCGUGUUCUUGUUCAAAAUAUGUGUUCAGAAAGAGCAGCUUCCUGGGAUUUUGUGAAGAUUUGAGGUUUGGUUUUUACGCACAGCUUAGGUUCCUUCAUGAUCAUUCGAUUGAGAUGUAAAUCAGAUUGCAGGAUACAUUAUCGAAGAUCCAUUGUAGUUAGCUUUUUGAGUCUCUCCAUAAAGACAGUACCAUCGGUUCAACCUAAAGAAGUAGUGGAUUAUUAUUUUUUAUAUUCUUUUCUCUUUCAGUCUUUGUCAGCCCUAUGCUGGCACGUAUCCUAGUUUUUUCGACAUUUCUGGAAUUUGUAUUUUUCCUAGAAAUCGUAUGUGAGCUUCUGUUUCAUGUACCAGCCAGCGUGAAAUAUAAGAGGGAUCCACCCACGUAGGUUUCCCUUCAAUAAAAUACUGAAUAUUUUGAUCCGUUACUGUCGAAAUUCUGUAUUUGACACAUUGAAAGUUCUAUUUGUAUUAUGUCUUAAAUUGAGUUUGUGUGUGAA